AACACAAAGCGAUUGUGAAAAAGCCUCUAUCAUUGUAUGCAAUGUGCUCGCUCAAGCAGGAUUCAAGGCCUCCAAAGACAAGCUCCAAUGGGUCCAAUCCAAAGUUACCUAUUUGGGACACAUCAUCAUGCCAGGUCUGAGAGCUAUUUCUACAGACAGGGUCCAGCUGAUCAGGAAGAUGAAGUCUCCACGAACUAUACAACAGCUCCAAAGCUUCCUGGGACUGAUUAACUAUUGCAGAUCCUGGAUACCUGACUGUGCAGUGCAUGACAGGCACCUGAGAAGCCUGAUUGAUCACAAAGCUCCACCAAGCACGCUCUUGAACUGGACUGAGGAGGCAGAACUGAACUUUACUGCGUUGAAGCAGGCGAUCACCAAGGCCCCAGCUCUGGGCCUGCCAGACUACAACAAAGACUUUCAUUUGCAUGUCCGUGAAACUGAGGGGGUGGCCAUAGGUGUCCUGCUGCAACAGCAUGGUUCCACAUACAGACCAUUAGUGUACCUUUCUAAGAAAUUGGACAACAUUGUUACAGGUAUGCCAGCAUGUCUUAGUGCUGUGGCUGCAGCUGCCCUGGUUGUACAGAUGGCUGAGAGAAUGGUUUUGUCACACCCUUUGAUAUUGUAUAAGUCACAUCAGGUAGGCGCAAUUUUACACAAUAUGCAAACACAACACAUGACAGCACAACGACGCUCAGGUUACGAGGCAACACUGCUGGCAACUAAAAAUCUAACGAUCCAACCUACAGCGUCCAUUAACCCGGCACUGUUGGGUGUGUUAGGAAUGGCUGACAUGGUAGAUAAUGUCACAGAGCAUGAUUGCAUAAUUGAACUAACUUCCUCAUGUUCUUCCAGGGCCGAUCUUUUGGAUUCGCCCCUGGAUGGGGGGGAACAUCUAUAUGUUGAUGGAUCAUGUUCAAAACCUGCUGAUGGGGUCUACCUUUGUGGCUAUGCUGUGGUGUCUGAGACUGGGGAAAUAAUUGAAUCAUUUGCUUUAGAUUUUAACUCAGCUCAAGCUGCAGAAUUAGUAGCAUUAAUAAGAGCAUGUGAGCUGAUGGAAGGAAAAAGAGUAACUAUUUAUACUGAUUCCAAAUAUGCAUGGGGAGUGGUACACCACUUUGCCAAAACUUGGGAAGCAAGAGAUUUCAAAACAAUUGUAUUGCAUUGCAGAUGUACACAAAACAGCAAAGCUGAUUUUAGACUCGUGUCUCACAUGUGCUCAGGUAAAUCCGCACAAACCUAUUAAACAUGACGCAUUACCGCAUCCAGAAGCACCAUUUCAACAUGUACAAAUUGAUUUCACACAUAUGCCGCCAAUAGGUAACUUGAAAUAUCUUUUGGUUAUUGUGGAUCGAUUUUCAAAGUGGCCAGAAGCAUUUCCAUGUGCAAAGGAAGAUGCUAAAACAGUGGUAAAGAUUUUGACUAAGGAAAUAAUUCCUAGAUUUGGGAUACCUAACACUAUUGAGAGUGAUAAUGGAACACCAUUCGCAUCAAAGGUAACACAGCUACUUGCUAAAGUAUUAUCGAUUGAUUGGCACCUGAACAUACCUUACCAUCCACAGUCUUCCUCCAAUGUGGAGAGACUUAACCAAACAGUCAAACGAAGGCUCACUAAGGCCUCUAUUGAUACAGGAAAGAAAUGGGUAGAUUUGCUACCUGCUGUCUUGACAGAACUAAGAAUGACUCCAUCUUCCACCACUAAGUUUUCACCAUUUGAAAUACUAAUGGGUAGACCUUUCCCGACCCCAUGGGUUAAAGGUCGCGCAGGCUUUACUUCCUUAGGUGAUCUGGAGGUGAUCCAGGAGGACUACGUGACUUCCCUCAUUGAGAAACUUAACUCCAUAUGUGCUGAUGUUUCUUUGUGUCUUCCUCUUCCCUCAGAAAAGCCUACUCACCCCUUUGUUCCAGGACAGAGUGUGCUCAUCAAAAGCCUGAAACCAACGAAGGUGGGAGAACCAAGAUAUCUUGGACCAGCCACUGUGAUCGCAGUAACCCGGACGGGAGUGCUGACAGAUUAUCAACCGCAGUGGAUACAAGCCUCACGCCUGAAGAAUUACUCUACAGGAGAGCAGGCAAGCUCCAAUUUCACAUAGAAUCUCGAACGGGGAUUCACCUUUAUGUUUAACAGGGAGGAAAAGGCACUGGUUAAGCGGAGGAAGGAACUACCUCUUAUAGUGAGGUGGGGGUUGUCCAAAGCAAGAAGAUAGUUGGCCCAUUGAGUCAAAACAGUGCUAACUCCUUAAACCACUCUGUUACCAUUAAGGGCUAAAUUCUAUUGAUGGACAUACCACCGUUGAUUUCAACGAGGAACUUGGAUUCUACACACUGUUGUGCCUAUUGUUAUAUUCAUAGUGAUUCUUCUGCUAAUAGCACCCUGUAUGAUGCAAUGUAUUAGUACUUCUAUAAUGCGUUCUGUUACAGCGCUCACUACAGGAAAUACCUACCAAGCAAUGCUGCAUGUAUCCAAUCCAGUACAGACCUUUGUUAGGGUUCCAGAGCAGUUGGAGAUGAAUGUGAUUGAAGCUGAGGAUUUCCCAACAGAUGCUGAUAGCUCUACUGGAGAUGAUUAUGUGCACACUUAUGAGUUAGAGCCUGAACUGUAUAACAGAAAUGAAUACUAACUGAAGAUAUAUAUCACAUUUGAUUACUGUGUAUGAAAGUACAUAAGAUAUGCCCAAGAUUGUUCACGUUUGUGUAAGACAUGUCUUCGACUGUCUUAAAGUGGCCAUUGUGAGAUUCUGCUCGAGUACGUGAACACAUCUUGUGAUACAGGACAUUGUGUGAUAACAGUAUGAUGUAUUCCUUUGAACCUUACUCUAUAUUCAUGGUGUUGCUCAAUGCAGUGUGUUAUGCUUGAUCAGCUAAAUAUCUGCCAGACAUUACGUUGUUUCAUUUCCCUAUAAAAGUAACACCCCUUGUACAAUAAAGUUGAGCUUAGAAUGAACUA